AUGUCAACUGAAAGAAGUAGCUUUAUUCAACCAUCAAUCCCACGCUUCGAUGGUCACUAUGACCAUUGGAGUAUGUUAAUGGAGAAUUUUUUGAGAUAUAAAGAAUACUGGAGUCUCGGGGAGAAUGGAAUCACAGCAUAUGCAGGAGGAACGGUGUUGAUAGAAGCUCAACUCAAAACCUUAAAAGAUCAAAAGCUCAAAGACUCAAAGGCCAAGAAAUACUUGUUUCAAGCCAUUGAUCGAGCUAUUUUGGAGAUAAUUCUGAAGAAGGACACGGCAAAGGAUAUCUGGGAUUCCUUGAAGAAAAAGUAUCAAGGCACGGCUAGAGUCAAACGUGCACAACUGCAAGCUCUUCGCAAAGAGUUCGAGAUGUUUCAAAUGAAGAAUGGAGAAACAGUCACUAACUAUUUUGCUCGAACAUUAACUGUUGCAAGUAAAAUGAGGAUACAUGGAGAUAAAAUGGAAGAUGUAACUGUGAUUGAGAAGAUUCUCAGGUCUAUGACACCUAAGUAUAACUAUGAUGUAUAUUCAAUUGAAGAGUCAAAGGAUAUUAAUGCCCUUUCAAUUGAUGAAGUGCAAAGUAGUCUGCUGUAUGAAUGUCCUCAGAAGGAGAAGGAGUACAAGGCUAAUGUGGCAGAGACUGAGGAACAAAUGUUGCUGAUGGCAUAUGUUGAAGAUGAAGGUGAUUAA